CGCGACGAGAACACCAAGAUCAGCGCUGCUCGCGAGGCCUGCCGCGCGCUGCCCCCCCGCGCGCUCAUCGGCACGCCUAAUGUUCCUGGCGACUUCAACUACGAACACACCGAUGACCACCUGCAGGAGAAGCCGUACUUCACCCAGGAGAUGGUGCGCUACCUCAGCGAGAGGAUGAUGGCCAAGACCUCGAACGCCACCUGCGUCCUCAGACAGCUGGGAUACAUGGAUGAGAAUGAUCAUCUUCUCUAUGAGAACUACGUCUCUAACAUCAACGCCCUGUCCGUUAACGAUGCCGAGUUGAAGACCGACCUCGUCGAAGGUGUCAACGACUGCAAAGCCAUGGCUGAAUGCCUGCCGCUGACCAAGAUCGCAUACCCCCUGACUGCUGCUCUGAUGCGAUGGUCCACUUGGUCCAAGUGCUACGUCAGCAUGGUCUACCAAUCGUGUAUCAAGAAGGACCUUAGGGCCAACGCUCAGGAAUUCGAGCUCCAGGGGCUCGGAAACUUCCUCUCCGACUACUCCGACUCCGCUAAGAUGUACGCUGUUGUCUGGGCCAGGACUGUGCUCGACCAGGGAGCUGAUUUCCUCUGGUAAAAAUCCCCCUCGAAAAAGUCAGCUGCAAUCUAUAUCCCCGUUCGAUUGAUGAGAAAUGAAGCCAAAAUUGAAAAAGUAUCCUUUCAGAGAACAAUAGCUGCCUUAUGGUUAAAAAUAUGGUUGUCAAAGUUAAUGAAAUAAAUGGACAUGUGAUGAUUUACUUCAAUAAUUGUAGCAUAAAACUAGCAAGGGACUACAAAUAAAAAUAAAAUUUGU